AUGGCUGAAAAGCUUAAAUGUGAAGAGCUGGAAGUCGUAUGCUAUCAGGUUAAAAAGCAGAUGCUUGAAUCAGUAUGGUUAGAUUUGCAAAACUUAUCUGAAGCACAUGAGUCUGAAGAUAUCAAUUCUUUGCAAAUAAACUCACUGUCUGAUAACCAGUCUUCCACAGAAGAAGAGGGCCAUAUUACUACUGCUACCACCAUAUUUUCUGAUGCCCAUGAUGGAAAUAUCUUGCAGGAGAUAUGUCCCAGUGCUUCCACUCCAAAAUCUGACAAGAUUGACAGUAUUGAAAAUACAAAAGACAUGCCAAAGGUUCCAAAUGUAAAAUCUCGGAGAUCUAGUGGGCGUUUAGCUGGAAAAAAGGCUGUUGUUGAAAUUCCAAAGAAAAAGUAUACAAGAAAACUACGAGAGCAACAGGAUAAUGCAGACAUUUAUACAGAGGUGAAUGGCACACCUAUGGAACAAAAUGCACACAGUGCAGAAAUAAUAGAUGAGCAGACCGAAGAUAGCAUAAAGGCUGAGGACGAUGAUAGCCAUUGUGAUUUGGAUGAGAGCUGUAAAAUAUCCAAUGAUGAAAACAACCAAAAUGGAGAGGAUAUGCUGUGUCUUAUCCGUGACAAAAAGUUUUUUGAUGAAGAAAGCUUUUUAAUGCAUUCGAAACAGGUCCAGAAUGGGUCUGCAGAAAUUGUAUACAAAUGUGACAUCUGCGGGCAAACAUUUGCAAAUCGGUGUAAUUUGAAAAGUCACCAGCGCCAUGUUCAUAAUAAUGAGCGCUUGUUUCCUUGUGAACUCUGCAAUAAAAAUUUUAAAAGGAAAAAAGAUGUCAAAAGACAUAUUUUGCAGGUCCAUGAGGGUGGAGGUGAGAGGCAUUUUUGCCAACAGUGUGGAAAAGGUUUAAGCUCCAAAACAGCUUUAAGACUUCAUGAACGGACACACACAGGUGACAAACCUUACGGCUGUACACAGUGUGAUGCCAGAUUUUCUCAAACAUCAGCACUGAAAACACACAUGAGGUAAGAAUAGACAUGCUAAUACAAUUAUAGCAUAAAGGAAAACUCCAGGCACCAUAACAACUUCAUCUUUAUUAGUUGUUAUGGUGCCAGGAGGCCCCGGGCACACUCUUACCUUCAGGUAUUAAACAGUUUGUCUCCAGGGCCAAUCACAGCUGCCCCAGAAGGUUUAGAAGAACUAAGAGAAUUGUAAAUUGUAGUACGAAAUAACAAGUUAAAAAAAAGUUUCCAGCUCGACAAAAUUAGCCUACAAUGUAGAAUUUCCUUUAAUUUCUAUACAAUUUAUAGUCUGGUGAACACUCUUACGUGUGUCAGCAAUUAUAUAUAUAUAUAUAUAUAUAUAUAUAUAUAUAUAUAUAUAUAUAUAUAUAUAUAUAUAUAUAUAUAUAUGUAUGUAUGUAUGUCUAUAUAUAUGUCUAUAUAUAUUUAUAUAUAUAUAUAUAUAUAUAUAUAUAUAUAUAUAUAUAUAUUUAUUUUUUUUAAAUUUUUUCCUUCGACUUGGGCCUCAGUUCUACCGUUUGGAUCCACAUUUCAAAUUAUUACAAUCUGUUUGAAAAAGGUUUCAAAAUGAUCUAUUUAUGGAAAGUCCCUAUAAUUUAACCCCUUAAGGACCAAACAUCUGGAAUAAAAGGGAAUCAUGACAUGUCACACAUGUCAUGUGUCCUUAAGGGGUUAAUGGUUGACUUCUGUUGGUAAAUAUUUUCAAAACUGUUAUUUUUUGUUUAUUUUUUUUGUUUUUUACAGAUUAUCAUUUUGAAAUGCUGAUCCAAACUAAGUAAAUCAAGGUCUUAGCACACAUGUAUGCUCAUCCAGUACUACCAUAGUGUGGAGACUGACAUAUUUGCUUUAAAUUGUGAACUCUUUUAGAUAAUGUUUGACAGUUCUUAUAUAUUUCUUCAUACUAAAAUCAGUCUUUGCUCCCAAAUUAAACCCUUCUCUGGUUAAACAAGUAAACUGAAGUGAUAUAUUCCUGUGUUGUUGGGUGGAGAGCUGUAGACACAUACAUAUCGAAUUGAAAUGUGAUUUUUCCUGUCUUUAUUUUGGGAAGUAUAAUAACUAAGGGGCAAUCAUUUUCCUUCAGAAUUCACACUGGUGAGAAACCAUUUGUCUGUGAAGUUUGUGGAGCAAGAUUUACACAGAACCACAUGCUCAUCUACCAUAAAAGGUGUCAUACAGGUAAGGUUGCUGCCUAUUGCUUAUACAGGUUAAAGGGAUACUGUAGUCACCAGAACUACAGCUUAUUGAAUUUGUUCUGGUGAGUAGAAUCAUUACCUUCAGGCUUUUUGCUGUAAACACUGUCUUUUCAGAGAAAAUGCAGUGUUUACAUUACAGCCUAGUGAUAACUUCACUGGCCACUCCUCAGAUAGCUGUUAGAGAUCCUUCCUGGGUCAUGGCUGCCUAAAAUGCAUCCAAACAUUCAGUAUCUCCUCCCUCUGCAUGCAGACACUGAACAUUCCACAUAGAGAUUAAUUAAUUGAUUCAUUCAUGAGGAGAUGCUGAUUGGCCAGGGCUGUGUUUGAAUCAUGCUGGCUCUGCCCCUUAUCUGCCUCUUUGUCAGUCUCAGCCAAUCCUAUGGGGAAGCAUUGUAAUUGGAUCAGGCUACCACUUCUGAUGAUGUCAGCAGACUGCUUGUUGUCUGAGUCUAACGGCAUGCAGAGUUACAGCUUCAAGCUGAAUACAGUAAGAUUUAGUCAGAGUGACCUCCGCUUAUAAUGACACUAAGAAUUAAAUCUGGGUUCACUGAGUAACUGGACGAGUGCAGCUUACUUCAGUCUGGAGCAUGCAGCUUCUGAGAUGAUGGAAAUUACCACUAUAUUUAUAUUCUAGUCACCAGAACCACUACAACUUAAUGCAUAUAGCAUAUCCCUGUAGGCUUAGCAGUGAAAAUACUGCUUUUUCUGAUAAAACUCAGUGUUUACACUCCUGCCAAAGGCCAACUCUAUUUGCUGUCUAUUUGACUGCAACUACAGGGACUUCCUGGUUUGGUCCUGUACAGAUUGCAGGAUCAAUGCUCGGCAUCGCCACAUUCUGCAUGGGGAUGCUGAAUGCUUCCUAUAGAAAUGCUUUUACUCAGUUCAUCACUGUGAGAAGAUGAUGAGCUGCACUCUAGCCUCCCAUUGAUUCCCUAUGGGGUAGUAUUGGAUUGGUUGAGAUCAUAAAGAUUGAUACUUUCAGCUGAAGAGAUUGGCACGGCAAGAGAAGAAAAAUGAGUAAACUCCUUUAUUUCAUAGGGGGAGGGAUUCAUAUAGCUAGUUGGGAAUGCAUGCUUGUAUUCAUUAUGCUAUAGAGCACGGGUACCCAAAAGGUAGAUCCCUAGAUGUUUUAGAACUAAAGUUUCCAUGAUACUUUCUCAUUCUAAAUGCAAAGCAUUAUGGGAGUUGUAGUUCUACCUCUUGGGCACCCUUGCUAUAGAGUUUCUUUCAAAAAAUGUUUUUAAAAAAAGUACAUGCAGUGGUUUUUGCAAGAUGUCAUUUAAAAAAAAAAAAAAAAAUUAAAGUCUGUUUAUGCCGAAGCACUUCAAUUUGUAGUUAAUUUGUUUUACAAAACAUUUGGAAUUUUACAUGUGAAGUAUUUGCCAAAUUAGAGAGUAACUUUUGUCUACUGAUUUUCAUUGCAGGAGAAAGGCCUUUCAUGUGUGAAACCUGCGGAAAGAGCUUUGCCUCUAAAGAAUAUUUAAAACAUCAUAAUCGUAUGCACACUGGCUCCAAACCAUUUAAAUGUGACAUUUGUUUGAGGACGUUUGCACAAAGGAACUCCCUUUACCAGCACAUUAAAGUUCACACUGGUAAUGCACACAGAGCAGGCCGUGGAUUCAUUUUACAUUACUUGUCCUAAAUUAACAGUUGAGGUUUUGAUUUUUUUCAACAGUAACUGUAAAUAUCAAGUCCACGGGUCAUUUCUUCCAAUAAUGGUAUACAUUGGAACCCUCGAAAUAGUCAUUAGGCUCUUCCCCUGUGGAUUUUUUUUUUUUUUUUGGUGUCUACAUGAAUCAGACUUUGAAAUACUUUAUCCUGGCACAAUUUUAGGAUUUCACAGUUAAUGCUGUAGUUGUAGAACAUCUUUUGCCUUUUAUUAUUUUUGUCUUGUUAAAUUUCAGAAAUGUAGUAUAUUUUAUCUUGAUUUGUCCAGCAGUGUGAUGUUUGAGUUAUUGAGUACUGUUAAUAAAACAUUUGCAUCAAAAUUAGGAGAAAUAUCGAACAUACCAAAGACCCUGUCGUUUAAAACUACAUAUCACAUGGCUUUGCUUUUUGAUCUGAUUUCUGUAAUUGAAAUAGAAAAAAACAAAAUCUACCAAUAAGUGUUUCUCUUAAUAGGAGAGUAGCUAGAGUUAGUAUAUAUUUGACACUUAAGGUAUACCGAGUAAGCUUACUCAGUAUACCUUAAGUGUCAGCAUUCAUUGCCGCGAAUCCUACAAACGGCAAACUAACACUCCGAGAAAAAGCAUCCUUUGAUUGGAUGCUCAGUCCUUGACAUUAUCCUGUUAUUUCUUUAUAUUUCCUACUCGUAGCCGUAGUGAGUGGCGUAGUGUAAGAGCAGGCUUUUAUAAGGGGUGCCCACGAAGGCAAAUUAGUCUCUCUCACUGAAAUAGGAGCUAAGUCUUGCAGCACCUUUCCCCCAUUUUUUUACACGAAGAAAGCCUUUUGACUUUGACACUAGUCAAACAGUGUAUUAAUAUUAUAUCUACUUUCCACUUAAUUUUGUAAAUACACACUAUUCCCUUCUUGCUACAUUACCUAGCAUUGUAUAUACAGGGAGGACUGAGCGUACCUUACUUAAAUUUAACCUAAUUCCUUGUUAUAUAUGGUUACAUAGUUACAUAGCUGAAAAGAGACUUGCGUCCAUCAAGUUCAGCCUUCCUCACAUUUGUUUUUUGCUGUUGAUCCAAAAGAAGGCAAAAAAACCCAGUUUGAAGCACAAUUUUGCAACAAGCUAGGAAAAAAAUUCCUUCUUGACCCCAGAAUGGCAGUCAGAUUUAUCCUUGGAUCAAGCAGUUAUUACCCUACAUUGAAAGAUUAUAUCCUUGAAUAUUCUGUUCUUGCAAGUAUGCAUCUAGUAGCCGUUUGGUACUCUGAUAAAACCACUUCCUCAGGCAGAGAAUUCCACAUCCUGAUUGUUCUUACAGUAAAAAAACCUUUCCUUUGCCUUAGACGAAAUCUUCUUUCUUCCAGUCUAAACGCAUGGCCUCGUGUCCUAUGUAAAGUCCGGUUUGUGAAUAGAUUUCCACACAAUGGUUUGUAUUGGCCCCGAAUAUAUUUGUAUAAUGUUAUCAUAUCCCCUCUCAGGCGACGUUUUUCUAAACUAAAUAGGUUUAAAUUUGUUAACCUUUCUUCAUAGCCGAUAUGUUCCAUUCCUUUUAUUAAUUUUGUAGCCCGCCUCUGCACUUUUUCUAGUGCCAUAAUAUCCUUCUUUAGAACAGGUGCCCAAAAUUGCACAGCAUAUUCAAUAUGGGGUCUUACCAGUGAUUUAUAAAGAGGCAAAAUUAUAUUCUUGUCCCGAGAAUGAAUGCCCUUUUUCAUGCAUGACAAUACCUUACUGGCCUUGGCCACUGCUGAUUGACAUUGCACAUUGUUGCAUAGUUUGUUGUCUAUAACAAUUCCCAAGUCCUUUUCAUGUGUUGUUAUCCCUAAUUCGCUUCCAUUAAGGGUAUACGUUGCUUGUGUAUUCUUUACGCCGAAGUGCAUAACUUUGCAUUUUUCAACAUUAAAUUUCAUCUGCCAUUUGAGUGCCCAGUCCCCCAGUCUAUCUAAAUCCCUCUGCAGCAAAGUAAUAUCUUGCUCACAUUGUAUUGUUUUACAAAGUUUUGUGUCAUCUGCAAACACUGAAACAUGACUUUCAAUGCGGUCUUCAAGAUCAUUUAUAAACAUGUUAAAUAGAAGGGGUCCCAGAACAGACCCCUGAGGGACACCACUUGCCACCUCUGUCCAGCUUGAAAAUUUACCAUUAAUGACAACUCUUUGUACUCUGUUUUUAAGCCAAUGUUCUACCCAAGAACAAGCAUUUUCAUCUAGACCGAUUUUGAUCUAUUUUAUUUUUACCUAAUGAUACAUUAAAAGUUAAGUUUUAUUUAUACGAACUCUAGCUACUCUCCUAUUAAGAUACACUUAUUGGUAGAUUCUUUUUUUUUUUCUUUGCUUUUUCUAUUUCAAUGUUAACUAUUUAUGGGUUAUCCCCCACCCCCUUUUUGCUACUACCAUUAGUGUGUCUCUUCACUAUAUAAUAGGCUCUACUUUCUCUGAUUUAAUUGAUUUCUGUAAUUAUUCCACCCCCCUAAGAGAUGUUGAUAUGAAAGUAUAGAAUGUGCUAGGUAAACUUAUUCUGCUGAAUAAGAUGCCAUUUACGGAGGUACAACAAUCAAUACAACAUUGUAACACUCAAACAGUAUUAUUUACUGAUGGGGAAUUAUAAAGAAUCAAAGUGAAUUUAAUAUUUCAGGCUCAAAUAACUGACUUUUGUCAAUUUAGUUUAAGGCAUUAUUUUUGCCUUAAAUUUGAAAAAUUAUUUUUUUCAGUAAAUCUCAACACUGCCAAUAUUGUUUGCUCCUAGAAAAUAUGACGUGAUUGCAGGUUAAUGAAAGGAACAUUCCAAUUCCUAUUGUAGGGAGUCAAACCAUUUUAAAACUGUUUUGACUGUUGGGCACAGCUCCCAGCCUUCAUAACCUCAGCUGGAAGCUUUCAUGCUGAGGUAAGCCCUGCAGUGUAGUGAUUAGAGCACUUGGCUCACAAUCACGGUAAAUGGGAGAGCCCUUCCCUGCAGGGCUUUGCUCAGGACAGCCAACAUAAGCGCUUAAGCAAGCUGGCUGAAGUUGAGGCAGAUCCCAGGAAAUAAUUCAGACUUUUCUAAUACAGUUGACUACUUACAAGGGGGUGGUGGUGGGGAUGCCAGGACACUUCUGGCACUAUAAUUACUACAGCUUGCUGUAGUAGUUAUGAAUUUUGGAGUGCUACUUUAAUGAAUGGUUUUAAUGAACGCUGCCGCCAGACUGAUUUUCUUCUCUAGUCGGUUCUCGCACACCUCACCCCUUUGUCAGUCCUACAUUGGCUUCCUGUAUCCUUUAGGAGUCAAUUCAAGGUACUAAUUCACACCUAUAAAGCACUGAACAAUUCUAUCCUUUCUUACAUCUCCUCACAGAUCCGUAGGUAUGUCCCUUCUCGGUCUCUCUGCUCUGCCUUGACCACGUCCUGUCCGUUGUUCGCACGCGUACAACCAACUCACGCUUGCAGGACUUCUCGCGGGUGGCUCCCUUUUUAUGGAAUAACCUGCCUUCCGCCAUCAGACUCUCCCCUAGUCUUGCAUGUUUUAAGAAGUGCCUUAAAACUCAUCUCUUUAGGAAAGCUUAUGGCCUCACAGAGUAACCUCUACCUUACAUACCUGUCUCUUGCUCUCUCCUUAAGGGCAGCACUCUACUCUCUCCUCCAGCUCUGCCUCACUCCCACCUUAUUUGAUUGCAAAUUCCUGUCCUAUUGUGUUUUACACCCCACCUCCUAUAGAAUGUAAGCUCGUUUGAGCAGGGUCCUCUUCAACCUAGCGUUCCUGUAAGUUUUUUGUAAUUGUCCUAUUUAUAGUUAAAUCCCCCCUCUCAUAAUAUUGUAAAGCGCUACGGAAUCUGUUGGCGCUAUAUAAAUGGCAAUAAUAAUAAAAUUAUGUUCUAUUUUCAGGAGAACGUCCUUAUUGUUGUGAUCAAUGUGGAAAACAAUUUACUCAACUAAAUGCAUUGCAGCGUCACCAUCGUAUUCACACUGGAGAGAAACCAUUCAUGUGCAUUGCAUGUCAACGGACGUUUACUGAUAAAUCAACACUCCGGAGGCAUACAACGGUGAGAAACAACUUUAGUUCACCUUUCGUAAAUUUUAUUGCAAGUAUCAAAAUUGUCUUGGACGCAGGAAAGCAAUCAACACUGAAAUGGUCAUAUCCUUAAAGGCACACUAUAGACACCCAUACCACUAUAGCUCAUUGCAGUGCCCCAGGUCCUUUAACCCUGCAAUUGUAAUUAUUGCAGUUUUGUUAUACCUUUUAGUUUCUCUAUAAAGUGCCUCUGUCACCUUCUCCUUGGCAUAUUUUGUUACAUUUAUUGACACUAUUGUAUAAUUAUAAUGUAAAGAGCUGUGAUAAGGAACCAUUGGGUGGGGGUGUUGUUUUCCCGUGUUUGUAAAGAUGGUAUUGCAUGCCUCAGUAGAUGCUCCAAUAGCUCUUUCAGAUGAGUAAAAAAAGAAAGGGAAAAAAAAAGAUCUCCUCAACAAAUAUGUAACUGUUAAAACAGACACAAUCUGUAUAUUUAUUCAUAACUGAUAGAAACUGUGUUAAUCUAUUUUAUAGAUACACGAUAAGAAUACUCCAUGGAAGUCAUUCCUUGUCGUUUUGGAUCCUAAAGCUGAACAAGGGCAAAAAGCAGACCUCACGGAGGAUGACUUUGAUGAUUCCCCAAAACCUGCUGACAAAUUAACCUACACAGAAAAUGGCCACUAUCAAAAUCUGACGGUAGUGCCAGCAACUGUGGAUAUAUUGCAUGAAAAUGGCACAACCUCCGUCCUAGGCUGCAAGUCAGACUGCACAGUCAUACCUCAGGAAGUGUUCAUCACCACCACCUUUAACCAUCUGACUGUCCUCACACAGAGUGAAUCUAUUCACGCUAUGGUCAAUAUUGAAUAG